CUCGCAAUCUUCCUCCCUGCAUUUGCAGUCCGCAGUCGGAGUGGCUGGUCACAAAUAGCGAUGACGGCGGGCGUUAUCUCCUGAGAGCAACAUUAACUCUCCCCUCGCCCACCGGACGAUUCAAAGUCUGCCGAGAGAACUUGGCCGGCGCUAACUCGAGAGUUUUCAGGUUCCAAUUUGAUUCUAUAUCUUCUUCAUUCCCCCACAGCUAAAUUCUCGCCAGUUGCCACAUUGCUACCUUCAAUUGCUCGUUUCGAGACAGAAUCGCACGCAGAGCAUAAGUGCAUCGUCAAUCUGCCUCGGUCACACAGCAGCUACAGGCAGGGGCAAUCAUUCUGGAAAGUCGAGAAUGCUGUCAUUGUAUUCGUCAGACAAAGGAACAGCAGCAUUGCUUGUGGAUGGGAUGAGUGGAUGAAUAACUAAGGAACAGCAGACCGGUGGAAAAACAAGAGAGAGGAAGUUGGAAAUGGGCACAAUGAACAAGCUAAGAUGGGCGAUGGACGGAGGGUCUUGGGACCUGGACAUCUCAACUCCAGUGACCCUAGAAGGAGAGGCUAGGGCGGUACCUGGAUAUCCUCUCCCUCUUGGGGUUUCCCGUGGGACGAAGCUGUCCAGGCCUAAGCAGACUGAUUUCUUCCAGCGGUUCAUGUUUGCUCCUUUCCUACCUUCCUAUUCCUAUUCUCCAGCCUCCAGCAGUCACUCGUUUUCGCUCCAACGUUGUCUAACCAUCCCUUUAUCUCAGGACUGGUUUGCCGCAUUGCAAGGCCAAUUCAAUAUUCACAAGUUUGUGUCCUCCUUAAGAAAGCGGAUAACCUUGCUUCGAUCUUCUGAUUCCCAGACUGCAUCCCUCAUCCCUGCCAUUUGUGCAUGUCUUCGUGACAAAUCCUUGUAUGCACUUGGCAUCUAUUCUGAGCUCUUACUAACCCCUCAAGUCACUCUUGUUCUCAGCUCGGACGCCAAUGGCAAUAACGAUAUGCCACCUCGUCGCAAGGCAGUCCUCCAUCACGAGUUCCCUAAUCACAAUCUCACUUUGGAGGCAGCUUCCCCUGCCCUCUUCCUGGACAACUCUGGAAACUAUUGGGACGUACCUUUGUCUCUCGCCCUUGAUCUUGCAUCCAUUCCUUCCAACUCUGGUGCCAGUUACCAUUUCUGUAUGCGUCAUAUAGCUGGAUUGCCAAAGCUGUUUGAAGGUGGCAACGACAACGCUGGAAAGAUGAUUCCUGCUACACUGCUACCUGGUAUUACUCUCAGACAUGCCAUCUCCUUCAAGAAAAAUGUAGAAAUUUGGAGGGGUGAAGCUAAGAAGUUGAGGAUGGUGCAACCAUUUGACAUCUUCCUAUCUAAUCCUCAUAUUUCGGCAUCUGGUAUCAUAGGUGCUGUGAUGACGGCCUCUCAUGGAGACAACUCGGCUGGGUCAGAAGUGGAUGAUUUGCAAAGCACUGCAGCAGGAUUCUCCUAUCGAUCUCAUGCCCUCAAAUCUGCAGUUCAUGCUGACAUGUUUUCGUCUGUCUCUUUCAUGGCUCAGCAUGGAAGUUUCCAGAAGUGGUUCCUAGAUCUCACACGGCUCCAUGUCCGUCUUGAUUUCCCUUCUGGCCGCAAAUUUCUUUCAGGUGCCACUCAAUUAGCACAUGAUUUCGUCAACUCUCAACAACCGACUAAUAAAGCAAUUGAAGCCAUUACCCCCAAUGCAACUAUUUCCCUUCAACAGCAGAUUGUUGGGCCGUUCAGCUUCAGAGUUGAUUCUAGGGUCACCGCGGAGUUGAAAAAGCAGACCGAUUGGUAUGUGCAUGCACAUGACACAGUGUUCGCGAUCGAGUAUGCCCUACAAGUCCUUGGUUCAGCUAAGGCAAUUGCAUGGUAUUCGCCCAAGCAGCAGGAGUUCAUGGUGGAGCUCCGGUUUUUCGAGACGUAAAGCAAACUAGAUGCUACGAAGAUCCCAUUUUUGUUUUGUGUCACCGUUUGAAUGUAAUUGAACAGACAGUUGCAGAGAAUGUAAUUUGCAGCUAUAUCAGAGCGUGAUUCAGUCAUCAAUGGAUUAUGCAGUAGGACUAGGCAAGCUGAUCGGGAAGUUAGUAUUCAAACAACAGAAUGAUUAACUUGAAUAUGAUCUACCGAUGGUUUCUUUCUACAUUACCCAAAUCACCUCCAUUGUUUAUCAGCUUGAUCUCUUGCCAGGUUCUUUUGGGUCUGAAGUGCAGGGGAGAAAGAUGAAGGUUGACAUGAAGUCUGGAAGAAAUUUUCCAUGGAGAACUCUGUAUCUGAUCUUGCUGGGUCAAGUGUUAUCCCUACUACUAGCUCUUACAACCUUCUUUGCUUCCCUCAUAGCCGCCCUUGGUGUUGAUACUCCCAUUACCCAAGGAUCUUCCUCUUACUUGGCUGCAGCUCUGAUAUACGGAGGCAUCCUAAUUUAUAGGCGCCACAAGCUACUGGUAUCUUGGUACUGGUACCUUCUCCUCAGCUUCCUUGAUGUUCAUGGCAUCUUUCUCUUUAACAAGGCAUACCAAUUCACCUCGAUCACAAGCGUGACAAUGCUGGAUUGCUUCGCGCUGUUAUGGGUUAUAAUCCUGAGUCGGGUUUUCAUUGGAACUCGUUACACCAUCUGCCAAUUCCUUGGUGCAGCCAUUUGUGUUGCUGGCCUUGCCUUGGUGAUCCUCUCUGACAUUGGAGGAGGUGGUGAUGAAGGUGGAUCCAAACCAAUCCUAGGCGAUUUCCUUGUGAUUGCUGGAACAGUAUUUUACGCCUUGAGCAAUGUUGGCGAGGUUCCUGAACUUCUGCUGCACUUUCUUGCUCCCUCACCUUGUUAAUUUUCUUCUUCUCCAUGUAAAUGAUUCGAUGAAGUUGGUCCGGUUUGUUAAUGAGUUCAGGAAUUUUGUGCCAAGAAGAGAGACCGGAUCGAGUUGAUGGCCAUGAUAGGCGUGUUCGGCUUCCUGAUCAGCGUUCUGGAGAUGUAUCCUUAACUGUUCUCUUUUGGAUUCAUGAAAACACUAGUUUCUGCAGAAUGGAUACUUUGCUUCGCUUCCAUAACCAUUUGCUAAGCUCAGUGGUGGAGCUAAAGAACGUGCAGUCAAUCAAAUGGUCCCCUAAUCUUGUUUUGGCCUUUGUUGGGUACGGUGUAUGUGAGGUUCUACUAUUCUCCACAUUUUCCUGGUUCAUACAGGUGACAGGGGCUACAAUGUACAAUCUAUCGGUUCUUACAUCGGAUAUGUGGGUAGUCUUGAUUCGUCUAUUCUUCUACCAUCAGCAGGUUGAGUGGUUGUACUAUGUGGCUUUCGGGGUGGUGGCUAUUGGCCUGAUCAUCUACUCCACAAGUGAGGAGGAGGAUCCUGGAGACGAGAUUGCAGCAGCCAUUGCAGCUGGAGACUCCAGCCAGGAUUAUCAACGGCUUAGUGAUGGAAAUGAGGAAGUUGAUAGUUGUACCUUGCAAACCAUUUCCACUGUGACAACAUGAUCUUGGCCGCUUCUUUCUAUUUAUUUGGAAGUGUAAUUUUGAAAUAUGUUUAUUAAAUGAAAU